AACCAAAUGGCUUCUAAGUCCUCCCUUUGUCGCUUGUCUUUCCACCAAAGAACUUUCGUCUUCUGUCUCUUGCUUGUCUCUCUCCCGCUUCUGCUCUACACACCUCCAUUGAAAUCCCAAAGGGCAUUGUUUCAGGAACAGAGCACCGAGCUCGCUUGGUUUGAUGUCAUAGCAAGAGAGAUUAAUACCAAAAAGAUGAAGGUAGGUCUGGUUAAUAUAGAUGAAACAGAACAUGAUACUCUAUACGAGCAACUGCACAAAUUAUACCCACAAGAAUCACACACGGUGUCUGUCAAAUUUGAUCAUGUUGAUGAGAACAUGAAAUGGCAAGAUUUUUUUCCCGAGUGGAUUGAUGAAGAUCGCAGAUGGGGUGUGCCAAAGUGCCCAAAUAUGCCAAUUCCGUCGUUGGAAGAUUACCAGGACGUGAAUGUGGUGGUGGCCAGAGUUCCAUGUGGGAGUAGCAACAAAACAGCCAGGAGAGGGAUAAGGGACCUGUUUAGGUUACAAGUGAAUUUGGUGGUGGCUAAUUUGGCAGUGCAGGGUGGGUGGAUGAAGUUGGAAGGUGAUAAUCACAGAAAAGUGUACGUCGUAUUCAUAGGAAAUUGUGGUCCCAUGAUUGAGAUUUUCAGAUGUGAUGAUCUUUUGAUGCACCAAGGUGAGUAUUGGGUUUACAAGCCUGAAUUAACAAGGCUUAAGCAGAAAACUCUGAUGCCUCCAGGAUCAUGCCAGAUUUCUCCCCCUUAUGCACAAACAGGCAAAGAGGUGUGGAGAGCUUAUUUGUCAGAAUUAAAGGUAUUGAAACAGGACCCAAGGCCAAAACUGGCCUAUGUCACGGUGCUUCACUCUUCAGAAGCCUAUGUGUGUGGAGCGAUUGCUUUAGCCCAAAGUAUUCUCCAAACCCCACUAAGCGUCGUUCAGUUCUAUAACUACACCAGAGAUCUCAUCCUCCUUGCAGAUAAUUCAAUCAGUCCCAAAUCCAUGAAAGGCCUUCAAGCCGCAGGAUGGAAGAUCAGGCGCAUUCAACGCAUCCUAAAUCCCCUCGCCCAGAAAGGUUCCUAUAACGAAUGGAACUACAGUAAGCUUAGAAUAUGGCAACUCACGGACUAUGACAAAAUCAUCUUCAUAGACUCUGACUUUCUAGUCCUGAAGAACAUGGACGAUUUCUUCGUCUACCCUCAGUUAUCGGCCGCACCUAACGACAACGUGUUCUUCAACUCUGGGUUGAUGAUAAUAGAGCCCUCCAAGUGCAUGUUUGAGGAAUUAAUGAGGAGGGUCUCGCGAUUAGAGUCGUAUAAUAAAGGUGACCAGGGCUUUGUGAACGAGGUCUUCACGUGGUGGCACAGGCUGCCAAGCAGGCUGAACCGUUUGAAGGAUUCAUCAAGGGAGGUAGAAGAAGACGAAGUGUACGGGAUGCAUUAUUUGGGGGUGAAGCCAUGGAGGUGUUACAAGGAUUACGAUUGUAAUUGGGACAUAGAAGAUCAUCGCCAGUUUGCGAGUGACUCAGCCCACCAGUUGUGGUGGGACGUACAUGAGGAAAUGCCACAAGAGCUGCAAUCAUAUUGUGGGCUUAGCCGGAAAACAGAGGAAAGGAUACUUCGGUGGAGAAGAAGAGCUAGAGAUGCUAAUUUCUCCGACAUGCACUGGAAUAUAGAGAUCAAGGAUCCCAGAAUGAAAUACGGAAUGUCCCGUGUCUUAUCAGAUGCGGAAUAAUUAAUUCGUUGGACCGGCCAUUUUGACGGAUAUAAGCUGGCCUAGUUAAUCCAAUCCAAUCCAUUAUGAUCAUGGAAUUCCCAAUUUUUCAUUUGAAAUUAUGGAUUUUGAUUGUGUUUUAAUCAUACAAGUUGUUGGUGGAUGUCAGCUAUGGGGCUGAUUAGAACAGGAUUUCCAACAUUAAUAAUCGGUUUUCUCUGCU